CCUCUCUAUCUGCUCCAACGACCUUCAUAGAACCAGGAAUUUGAGAGAAGCUGACUGGGAAAAGUACUGAAGUGAUCUGCGAUGUUUACCUGGGUUUGCAAGUGAACACCGCUUGGCCAAGGAGCAAGCCACCUGCCAGCCCUGUCAGGGCGCAGCCAGUGUCUGGGCUGGGAGAUGGCAGGGACCUGAGCAAGGGCGCCGGAAAUGAAUGGGCGGGGAGAGCUCCAAGGUCACUGUACCCCGGGGGUGGAGCUCCGCCCCAACCCAACAUCUUCCAGUUCCGCGCCAUGGGGCACCGGCUGGUUCUGCUGCUCUGCGGGCUGGUGCAGGUUUGGGGAAGUUCUGAGGGCUCAGCUACCGCUUUUUGCACCCCUCUUACUUGCGCUGCCUGCGGUCUCGGCCACUGGCUCCACUCCUCCUUGUCUCUCAGUGCCCCCGAGGAAUGUCUCCUUUCGCUGCCUCCAGAUCUCAUCCUUCGCCAACAGCACUUGGACGCGCACGGAUAUGCUGACAUGGCUGGGGGACCUUCAGACGGUCGCUUGGCCCAAUGACUCGGAUUCCAUCCACUUUCUGAAGCCCUGGUCCCAGGGCAGAUUCAGCCGGCAGCAGUGGAACAAGCUGCAGCACGUGCUUUGGGUUUAUCGAAGCAGCUUCACGAGGGACAUCAAGGAAUUCGCCAUCAUGCUGCGCAGAGCCUAUCCCCUCGAGCUCCAGCUGGCUGCUGGCUGCGAGGCAUACCCUGGAAAUGCCUCCGAAAACUAUGUGCAUGUAGCUUUUCAAGGAUCACACAUCCUGACUUUCCAGGGAACUUCUUGGGAAGCAGCUCCAGAUGCCCCUUCUUGGUUAAAUCCAGCCAUCGAAGAGCUGAACAAAGACCAAGGAACGAGGGAAACUGUGCAUUCCCUCCUCAGUGACACCUGUCCGCAGGUGGUCAGUGGCCUUCUGGAGGCGGGGAAGUCAGAACUGGAGCGACAAGUGAAGCCCGAGGCCUGGCUGUCCAGUGGUCCCAGCCCUGGGCCCGGCCGUCUGCAGCUGGUGUGCCACGUCUCUGGCUUCCACCCGAAGCCCGUGUGGGUGACGUGGAUGCGGGGUGAGCAGGAGCAGAAGGACAUUCAGCGAGGGGACGUCCUGCCCAAUGCUGAUGAGACCUGGUAUCUCCGAGUGACCCUGGAUGUGGCGGCAGGGGAGGCUGCUGGGCUGUCUUGUCGAGUGAAGCACAGCAGUCUAGGAGGGCAGGACAUCGUCCUCCACUGGGAUUCCUCCAGCCACUUCUGGGUAGCUCUGGUUUGCCUCAUGAUCCUCAUAGCACUCGGUGUAGGCUUGGUCAUUUGGAUGAGGAGGCGCAGCUCCUAUCAAGACCUCCUGUGAGUAACUCGGAUUUGGAAUCAGCCACGGUGCACCGUGGAGUUGAAUCAGAGCUUUGAAAAAGAGCGGCACUGAGGUGAAGCAGCCACCACACUGGUCAGGAGGCUGGAGUUCUGGCCCUGACUCAGUUUCCUCCUGUGCCAAAUGGGGCCAAUUGUGCCUCUCUUCAUUAGUUCAUGGAGUUGGCGCAGUGCCUUAAAAGACAUGGGCCUUCAUAGGAUACAUAUGGAGACAUACUCCUAAGUGAAAUUAGUAAGUCACACAUAUGCAAAUACCGAAUAGUUUCUCUGGUGUGAAAAGC